GCAAAAUUUCAGUGUUCAUUUAUUCGAGAACAAAUGGUCGUCAACAUGCUCAAGUCUGUUCUGCACAUCUAUUUACUAACAACUUCCGUUUCAUUAAUAUGCGGUUCAAAACCUGAAAUCCUAGUGAAAACGAUGGAUGACAUAAUCUCCGAUUUUGAUUACGAACCUUAUAAACUUGUUGGUGAAAAGUUAUUAUACUUUGGUCAAGUAGAGGUGAAUUGGUUCAAGGCGAAUGACAUAUGUCACACUAUGAAUGGAUAUUUAACUUCGAUUGAAAACGAACGUGAGAUGAAUGCUAUUACUGAGUAUCUAAAUACUAAUCUACCCAAUGUUCAUUCGUGGUGGGUGUCGGGUAAUGAUCUCGCCUCCGAAGGUAAUUUUGUUUGGGCAAACACUGGCACAUCUAUGAAUUAUAGUCUUUGGUCAAGAGAACAACCGGAUAACUACAACCGUGGGGAGAAUUGUGUGCAUGUGUGUCUGUAUGACCAUGGAUACAAAAUGAAUGAUUGGGAAUGCAGACAUGAGAGUAACUUUAUAUGUGAGCAUGAAAAGCCUAUAGCCUUUUCAGUAAAUGUGUUACGGAAAUAAAUAAAGCUCUAAAGAUA